AUGAGGGGAACCUACAUGUGGAUAUUAUACUGCAGAACAAAGCAUCUGCGGAUUCGCGAUUCCUUCCCUUUCUCGAAGCUGCGUGCUGAACAAUUUGCAGACAAAUUUGUGCGCAAUUAUGGUGACAUUAUUAAUGGUGUAAAAAAUGAGCUAAACAUUAUGUGUAGUUUUUGUAACAUGUCCAUGGGAAUGGUUCAUGUGUCUCUCUGCGAAAGUGCGAUCGGCAGCCCUAUCACCCCUGUCGAUGGAUGCGAUUGUACCUUUGAGCAUAAGCCAGAACAUCGCCUCAGUCACGGUGCCCAUGACGCACCCUCAGAGAACGACCAGCUAGAGCAAAAUACACAACCCGAGAAGAAGGGAACUUCUAAAUUAGCAACCUAUCUAAUUAUUUACUACGUUAAAGAAUAUGUGAAAUAUGUUGCCCAUUCUUUACUUCAUUUUUGUUUUAAUUUAUGUGAUACAAUUUUUCGGACCCUUUUUGUUUUGCCAAAGAGCUAUUUAGAAUUUCCAAAGCAGUUAGAUUAUUAUUCGUCCAUUUCGGACAACCUUUUGACCAGCUUUGUUACGAUUUAUAAAAUCUACAAACAAAAUGACUCUUCAGAAUUUCGCUUUAAGUUAGAUCAACUGGCAUUCCUCGGUUCUGGAUUCAUUUACGACAAAAGAGGAUACGUUCUAACGGCUGCACAUAACAUAACGAAUACAGAGGGAACAUUCGUUAUCAAAAAUGAAGACAACUUUUAUGUGGCAACCGUGGCUGGUUUGCACAGGGAAUCAGACAUAUGCGUCAUGAAAAUUAUCUCGGAGGAACAGUUUAACCACAUACCUCUAAACCCCAGCAGGGAAUUGUUGAAGCCAGGAGAAACAGUAAUCACUUAUGGACAAAUACAGAAUUUCGAUAAAGGGACCUGCAGUAUCGGUGUCGUAAAUCAACCUAGACAGACCUUCACCAAAUUUGAAAACUUUUCCGAAAAGGAAAAAACCUGUUUAUAUCCCUUUAUUCAAAUAAGCAAUCCGAUUAACAAAGGCAUGUCGGGAUCGCCACUAAUCGACAAGCAUGGAAAUCUCGUAGGAAUGAUACAAAAAAAAAUAGAUAAUUACGGAUUGGCCUUACCCGUGAAUAUUUUAAAAAACAUCACAACCCACUUGCAAGAAGAAGGGACAUACAAGGAACCAUUUCUGGGAAUUGUCUUGAGAGAAAAAGAACAAAGUAUCUCCGCAGUUUAUAAAAAUUGCAAAAAUGAAGAACUAAAAAUACAGGACGUUUUGGUUAACUCACCUGCGGACGUUGCCGGAAUAACGAAAGGAGAUAUCAUGUUGAGGAUUAACAACACGAAGAUUAAAAACAUUUGCGAUGUGCACGAAAUUUUGAACAGCACAUCGGAUGGCUACGUCACAGUCGACAUUAUUCGCCAUGGAAAAAACAAAAAAAUAAAAGUGAAAAUGUGA